UACUCCCAAACUGCCAUAAGGCCUUGGGAAGCCGACCGCCACUGACCACACAAGCUGGUAGAGGCACAUAAGGCAGAAAAAUAAACAACGAAUCAGGAGAAAAUGAGUCUCCUAAUACAAAACAUACAAAUAUGAUUAACUGUGACAGGACUCUGGUAGAGAGAUGCACCCUUCGCUGUAAAGGAUUGACACAUAUUGACAGUUGUUUUUUCAGUCUUACCGGAGAGAAGCAGCAGCAGAGGAGCUGACAGAUUCAUGGCUACAGUCAUAAGAACCUGAGGUUUGGUUGCAGUCUCUUAUAUCACAGGAGGUGUGAGACAACUACAGAUAAGAGGGGGUGGGAGCUUUAGGUGACCUGUGCAUUUUGUUUUGACUUUAUUUCAGUGCUUUCAGUACCUAAGCAGACAUUUUAGGAACUUUUUAUUUUGUGCUACUUGAUACUUCUAUGGUCCUUCUAAGAUUCAAAGGCAAAUAAGAUGUUGUUACUAUUCACUAAAACAUAUGGUUAGUUUAGAAAAUGUGCCGCUCUGUUAUGAUUAAAUGACCAAACUAAGUAUGAAAUUGUUAUGAAAAAUAGCUCUGCCUCACUGUAGCGGCAAAAUGCCUCUUCCACAUUAAUGCAUUGACAGUUCACUUUUGAUACUUGUACAUUUUGCUUAUAAUGCAAGACUUUUAUUCAAAACAGAGUGUUUUUAUAUUGCAGCACUUGAGUAUCUCUGUGAAGAAGCAGUUAAAAGAAAACACGAACAAGGAGACUGACAGUUCAGGCCUUGUUCAUGUAUAAAAUCCUUUGUAUUUUCCCUCUUCAUUUACAUGAAACUAAUUUGUCUCUUCAGCUCGACUCCCAGGAAACAGCUUGUGUCUUCCUAUUGUCUCCACUUGUGCCCUAAAUGCCAAAUGUCUUGGUCAAGUGACUGUUUUAUGCCUGACCAUCAGUAGUGAAGUGGAACCGAAUCCUGAGAGAGAAGAAAAAGCAGAUGCACAGUGUAUUGUGCUCUGUGAUGGGUUACCCAGCUCUGUGGCAGUUCAGGGCGAUGAUCAUCUGCACUCUACCUGACAGCUGGCCGCUGUUUGACUACACUGACUACGGUUGCUACUGUGGGCUGGGAGGCUCCGGCACACCUGUGGAUGAGCUUGACAGGUGUUGUCAGGUGCACGACCAGUGCUACGGUCAAGCCAUGCAGCAUGACGAUUGCUGGCCCAUCUUCGACAAUCCUUACACUGAAAUAUACAGCUACAGAUGUGACAAGGCCAGCAAGACCAUCACCUGUCUGAAUAACAACAACGCCUGCGAGAAGUUCAUCUGUGAGUGUGACAGGAAAGCAGCCUUGUGCUUUGCCAAGGCAGGUUAUAAUGAAGGAAAUGCCCACCUUCCCAGUGACCGCUGCAAGUGAGCCGAGGGAUGCAGGGAUACGCAGUCAGAAGAAACUCACCACCAACAUUUAAGAGUGACUUUUUAUUAAAGAUCACUAAAGGAGAAAAGAACUAUUGUAAUCGUAGUCAUUAUUUUAUUAAAGUUUCAAAGAUGUGUAUGCAAAUUUCA